AUGGAUUUCAUCUCCCUUUGUUUCCUUCUUGCAUCCUUAACAAUCUCCUUCAUUUUCAUCAUCCUCAAAUUUCUACGGCUCGGCCGGUCCAAGCUGCCUUUGCCACCGGGCACUAUGGGCUGGCCGUACAUAGGCGAAACGUACCAACUCUACUCCCAAAACCCGAACACUUUCUUCGCUUCCAAAGUCAAGAAGUACGGCGCCAUAUUCAAGAGCCACAUAUUGGGCUGCCCGUGCGUGAUGAUAUCGAGCCCAGAGGCCGCUAAGAUGGUCCUUGUCUCGAAAGCCCAUCUUUUCAAGCCCACAUUCCCGGCUAGCAAAGAGCGCAUGCUCGGAAAACAAGCCAUAUUUUUCCACCAAGGAGACUAUCACGCCAAGCUCAGAAAGCUCGUCUCGCGCGCUUUCAUGCCCGAUUCCAUCAAAGCCAUGAUCCCGAAUAUCGAGUCCUUUGCCUUAAGUUCCUUAGAGUCUUGGGAAGAUAGACUAAUCACUACUUAUCAAGAAAUGAAAGCAGUAAGCUACUAA